GUGUGGGACGUCCAGACCCUGCAGAAGGUGAACACAAUCCGUGCCCAUGACAACCCGGUGUGUACGCUGGUGUCCUCCCACAGCAUGCUGUUCAGCGGAUCCCUCAAGGCCAUCAAGGUGUGGGACAUAGUGGGGACAGAGUUGAAGCUGAAGAAGGAGUUAACAGGACUGAACCACUGGGUUCGUGCUCUGGUGGCCUCUCAGAACCACCUCUACAGUGGAUCAUACCAGACCAUCAAGAUCUGGGACAUCCGUUCCCUGGACUGUGUUCAUGUCCUCCAGACCAGUGGGGGCAGUGUCUAUUCCAUCGCUGUCACCAACCAUCACAUCGUCUGUGGCACCUACGAGAACCUUAUACACGUCUGGGAUAUAGAGUCCAAGGAGCAGGUCCGAACCCUAACAGGUCAUGUGGGAACAGUGUACGCUCUAGCAGUCAUCUCUACACCAGACCAGACCAAGGUGUUCAGCGCCUCCUAUGACCGCUCACUCAGGGUGUGGAGCAUGGACAACAUGAUCUGUACCCAGACCCUCCUCAGACACCAGGGGAGUGUAACCGCCCUGGCCGUCAGCAGGGGGCGCCUGUUCUCUGGAGCUGUGGACAGCACCGUCAAGGUGUGGACAUGUUAGAGGAUGCUGAUUGGUUUGAGAGGUUGCUGUCGAGGAGAGCAGCUGUAUGUUCCCACCUCAGUGGACCACCCUGUGUCAAACGGACCAUAUGAACUCUUGACACACACACACACACACACACACUGAUUGGUUCAUCAUCCUUGAGGAUCAUGACUGUUUUUAAUAUAUCUACUAUAUGAACUUUAACCCCUGAUGUGGGCAGGGUCAGAAGUGAUCACGACCUUUGUGUCCUUAGCCCAGUGCAUUAUGGGUGGAGCUGCCAUACCUUAGCUCUGCCCACUGACGACACCAGCCCUCCCCUGAUUGGGACAAUUCCAGAACUGUGUACUGAAGACUUGUUAGCUCCCCAAGUUAAUGCCUUGGCUUCAGUUCAGUCCCCCGGGGGACUGGACCGGUACUGACCCGGAGGGACUGGACCGGUACUGACUGGACCGGUACUGACUGGACCGGUACUGACCUGGGGGACUGGACCGGUACUGACCUGGGGGACUGGACCGGUACUGACCCGGAGGGACUGGACCGGUACUGACCCGGGGGACUGGACCGGUACUGACCCGGGGGACUGGACCGGUACUGACCCGGGGGACUGGACCGGUACUGACCCGGGGGACUGGACCGGUACUGACCCGGGGGACUGGACCGGUACUGACCCGGGGACUGGACCGGUACUGACCCGGGGGGACCGGACCGGUACUGACCCGGGGGGACCGGACCGGUACUGACCCGGGGGGACCGGACCGGUACUGACCCGGGGGGACCGGACCGUUACUGACCCGGGGGACCGGACCGUUACUGACCCGGGGGACCGGACCGGUAUUGACCCGGGGGACCGGACCGGUACUGACCCGGGGGACUGACCCGGUGACCGGACCGUUACUGACCCGGGGGGACUGGACCG